AACAGAAGAGAGAGGCCCAAUAGAAUCGGGUCGAGCAAAAAACAUAAAACGAAAACCCGGAACGAAGCAAAAACCCUAAUUUCAUAUCUGAGGCGCAGAUUCUCCAUCCUCUCUUGCGAGAAAUUCGGAGCUGAGGUUAGCAUUGUCUGUGCUUCGAACUUCAGCCAUGGCAACUUCAAGGACCGUCAAGGAUGUUUCGCCUCAUGAAUUCGUCAAGGCUUAUGCCUCCCACCUCAAGCGUUCUGGAAAGAUGGAGUUGCCUGAGUGGACAGACAUUGUGAAAACUGCAAAGUUUAAGGAAUUGGCUCCUUAUGAUCCUGACUGGUAUUAUAUUAGAGCUGCUUCCAUGGCAAGGAAGGUUUAUCUGAGAGGUGGCCUUGGUGUUGGUGCUUUUAGGAGGAUCUAUGGUGGAAGCAAGAGAAAUGGAAGCCGUCCCCCGCAUUUUUGCAAGAGCAGUGGCGGUAUAGCCAGGCACAUUCUGCAACAGUUGCAAAAAGUGAACAUCAUUGAGCUCGAUACAAAGGGGGGAAGAAGAAUGACUUCUAAUGGUCGUAGGGAUCUCGAUCAAGUUGCCGGCCGCAUUGUGAUUGCUCCUUGAUUGGUUUUUACUGAGAACUAAAGCUGCAUUUGCAUGUGCUCAUAGGAAUCAAAUUUGGUUAUUAUUAGUAGAUGGCAUUAAGGAAAAGGUUAAGUUGAACAGCUUUAUUUGCUGAGCGUUUUGCAAUUUAUAUCUUGUAUUUCAAAGUUGAUCCUUUUACACUAGUUUGGAGUUUUUGUUUAGUAAGAUUUUGAUUUGAAUUAUCAAUACAUUGUCAUUUUAAACGUUUUUAAUGGUAUGGAUAAUUGGGAACGUUAGUGAUGCUUCCCCUCA